AUGGACGAGGAUUUGUCCAUGAUAUCAACAGAUGCGUCCUUCGCUACCCUCAGUCCGAAUCACGAUCGAAUAGACAAUACAACGUCUGGCAAUAUUAACUCAUCGCCGGUCGACACAGUGAAUGGCUUGAGUAACGGCUCAUCACAUCCAGAAGCACCAGAUAGCGACUUCCGUAGAAGCACUGCCUCAUUAUACCAUGGUCCAACCAGUGCUGUCUACGACGGAACCACCAAUUCAAAAAAUAAUGAUGAAAAUGCGGAAUGGGCAAGCUCACCUGUUAAUGAGGCGUGGACAAGAAGCCACCUGUUUGCUGAAACAGCGCGUCAAACUGGAAAGCUCGAUUUCGAUGGUCUCGACCCGGAGAUUGGAAUGCACCUCCUGUCAAUUUACUGGUGUCGCCAACUCUAUACAGCGCAAAUCAUCUACCGGCCAGUCUUCAUGCGAGAUAUGGCGUGCAACGGGCCAUACUUUUCCAAAUUGCUCUUGAAUGCCAUCUUGUUCACUGUUUCAAAACAUUGCUCACGGCCUGAACUUCGAUCGGACCCAGAUGACAUUACUACUACCGGAUGGCGUUUUCGUCAGCGAUUUUCGGAGCUUCUGCGUGACAGCUUUGACAAGAGCGAAAUUACCACUAUCCAAGCCCUUCUGAUUAUGUCAAAUUCUCUAUUUUCAAGAUGCGAUGAGCGAAGUCUAUCUUGGUUGUAUGCAGGAAAUGCAUUUAAUAUGAUGAUUGAUUUGGGGCUGCAUGUUCUUCCUUCGCCAAACAAGAUGUCUGCGGAGGAUCUCGAGGUCCGCAAGAGGGUUCUGUGGGGCGCAUACUCCAUUGAUAAGAUCCAGUGUCUCUACCAGGGAAGGCCGCCACUUCUCCGCUACAUGAACUUUAAGGCAUCGCUUCACUUCCUGGACGACUAUGACGAACUAGAUCCAUUCCAGGAAAUAACUUACACCCCCGUGAAGCAACAAUCAAUGAUACCAUCGCUCAAUGUGUCAUUACUAACUAAGCUCUGUGAGUUGUCGAUGAUCAUCGACCGAAUCCUAUGCGAGCUGUACUCCGAGUCUCGACAAAUGAGCCAAAAUCAAAGUCAAACAAUAUCUGACGAAAUCAACUCCGAACUGGCUAAUUGGCGACGAAAUCUUCCACCACAGCUUGACUAUAUCUCCCAUCCAGCCGAAUCCGUUCCUCUCCCUCAAGCAUUCUGUCUCCUACCGCUAUUCACUAGCAGCUACAAUCAAAAUGAUACCCCAGGCACGGCUCACGAAUCCGUGAAUACCUGUACAGCAGCCGCAAACCAGAUCGUCCAAAUCCUCCACGACUACUCGCAACGGUUCUCAAUAGGCAGCGCACCAUACAUGCUCUCAUACGCCACAUAUAUCAGCGCAACAAUCCAUGCCCGAGUAGUUGCACAAAAAGGAAGAAAUUCAAAUUCUUUCCAGUCACUACUUCUAUGUCGGAAUGUCCUUAAAAAGCAUCAACGUCUCUACGCUGCUGCUGGGAAAGCUCGAGCUAAUCUCAACAAACUUAUUACGAAUCUCAACAUUUCCAUCACAGAGGAAGAUGAACAGGUGUCGGGACCAGUGGAAAGCGGAACUAGAAGCCAGAACCAGAUUCUUGUACAGGAAACAACUCCAUCACUUGAUGCAACCAAUGUUACGCCGCAAGCUAUGGAACUACAAUCGCCGCAGUUGAACUGGGAGCUUUCGGAUUUGGAUAUUGAGGCUAUCGCUCAGGGUUUUCGUCUAGAAGGUGAAUUGGAUUACCUUAUGCGCCCGUCAGGCUUGUAA